AUGCUAAGUUGUUAGCGGUUAGCUUCCUCCUCCUCUUCCUCAGCGGGGAAAAAGAGCAGUGAGGAAGAAGAUCGGACUUUAUAAGGAGAACAGGAGCGACAAAUGUCUAAAAACCCAUCAAAAUGUCCAACAAACGGUCUUCAAACGCACCUGACGUGGACAACGUGAGGAAAAGAUCAAUAGCCGAGUGUUCAGAGAACUGUGUGGAUUCGGAGCACCAGUUUCCAUGGCGACUGUCCCGCCCUGAUAAGCUCUGUGUGGGCCAUGUGCAUCCGGAGCAGGCUGUAGCCGAGACACCCUCCCCGGAUGCUUCCCACCAUUUCCACCACACACCCAAAUGUUUCCUCGCUGUCCACAGAGGCGGACAUGGCACCUCGGGUCGAUCGACCCCAUCACGGUACGGAGAGGAGGGUUGGCACGAAGGCACCAGCAAAACCACGAUCAGAGCUGAGAAUGAGGUCGAGGCCCACAGGGAGGCCAACAACUACAAGUUUGGUUUCAGAAAAUGGAAGGGGAAUGUGACGGAGAAACCCCUCGCUGACAGAUCGGACAUCAUCAGAGAGCUCUACUCUGACAUGAGCGUGGUUAAGCCUCGGGAAGGCUCAGUGGUCACUUGUGGGAACAUUGCUUAUGUGUUAAUAUUUGGAUGGUGGAUCUCUUUGUUCUACUUCCUCAUUUGUCUUGUGAUGUUUCUCACCAUCUGUGGCGCUCCUUAUGGUAAACUGUGUUGGAAGCUGGCAUUUUACUUUAUCUGGCCAUUUGGGAAACUGGUAGAACAGGUUGUUGAUGUUGUGAAGAAGUGCCAUGUGAGGCCUCAUAAGUGUGAGACGAUACCUGAAGAGAUCAACAGUAAGGACAUUGACCCACUUUUGGUGUCUUCGCCGAUCCCGAUUGAGAUCCCCGUCCCAGAACUCCCAGUUAGACAAACAGCAAAGCACUGGCGUUUCUUUAGGACGUAUGUGUGGCUGCUGCUGGGCUUCCCUCUGCUGUCUGUGGUCCACUCUCUGGCCUGUGUCCUCUCGUGGCUGCUGGUCUUCACCAUCCCUGUAGCCAAAAUGAAUGCUCGCACACUGAGCACUGUCCUGCUCAUGGCACCAGAGGACGUACAGAUCCACACACUGGGCAAGACGUUUGUGGGUGAGACCAGAGUCAUCUUAUGCUGUUACCAGGCUUUCAAUAUCCAUUACUACAAAUAUACUGUCCAAGGAAUCAGCAUUUUUGCUCUUAAUCUGCUCCCGUUGGUUUUUUUCACUGUAAUUAUCGGCUACGCGGAUGUGGGGAACCACUUAUUCAGCGCAGAGGUCAAGUUUGCCACAGCCAUCAUGUCCAUCAUCCCUCUCUCUUAUUAUAUUGGAUUGGGCAUUGCCAGUAUUUCUGCACAGAGUAACUUUGCACUGGGUGCAGUUGUGAAUGCGACCUUUGGCUCCAUCACAGAGAUGACUUUCUACAUCUCUGCGUUGCUGCAGGGACAUCGUGCUGCCACCAAGUGCUAUGAAGAGCUUGUCAAAGCUGCACUCACUGGGACUUUGUUGGGUUGUAUCCUGUUUAUACCUGGCGUGUGUAUGAUUAUCGGCGGGAUUAAACACAGCGAACAGGUUUUUAACAGCCGUUCGGCAGGAGUGAGCUCGGCCUUACUCUUCAUUUCUGUAGGAGGUGUGUUUGCUCCCACCCUCUUCUCCAAGACCUUCAGUAAUUUGACAUGUGAGAGCUGCUCUAGCGUCCCAGGCAACGCCAGCGCCCACUUCACCUGCAAGGACUGUCGCUACGACACGAGUCAACCUGACCCACAUUUGAUUCUGUCACACACGGAGCCCCUGGUGUACACAAUCUCCGUGUUGCUGCCUGCUGCAUACCUGAUCGGCCUCAUCUUCACACUGAAGACCCACUCCUAUAUCUACGAUAUCUAUAUCAGUGACAGCCAGGCCCACGGUCAGUACCUGCAAGAAGCUCCCAGCACCUUGGAGCACAUUGGUGAGGUCCCCACUGGGAGUCUACAUGCUGCCAACACAUGCAUUAAUGCCAGCGUUAUUGGCACGAGCCACGUUGGAACAGCCGUGCAUCACAUCGUGCACUGGUCCCGCUGGAGAGCUCUGGUCGUGCUGAUCAUCGCCACGGUACUGAUGGCAGCCUGUGCUGACCUCAGCACUGAGAACAUCAAGCCUCUGUUGACUCAUUCCUACGUCUCUCAGUACUUCAUUGGUGUAACGGUGUUGGCGAUGGUGCCAGAGAUUCCUGAGAUAGUCAACGGGAUUCAGUUUGCGCUGCAGAACAACAUCAGUCUGAGUCUUGAAGUAGGCAGUUGCAUUGCUGUGCAGGUCUGCAUGAUUCAGAUCCCACUGCUCAUCCUCUUCAAUGCUUUUUAUGACGUUGGAUUCAUACUGGUGUUCAGUGAUAUUCAUCUCUGGUCCAGCAUCUUCAGUGUCAUCCUGGUGAACUAUAUCUUCAUGGAUGGAAAAUGUGACUACUUUCAGGGCACUGCGCUGGUGGUGGUCUAUCUCAUCCUUCUGGCCCUGUACUUCUUUGCUCCUUCACCGUCCUCUUGUUGAUUCGCCUGCGGAGCAAAGAGCUCCAUGUUUGUAAUCCUGUAUCUUCAGUUUAUUUCAGAGUGUAUAACAAUGGAAUUGGACUGACAUUUGAAGCAACACUGAAGGUUGUUUCUGCCCUUAAAUGGUGUCUAUGUGCAAGAUGUCACUAAAAUAAACUCACUGCUUUAUACUGAAUAUAAUAAAUGCAUGUUUAUAAAA